AUGGAGACUCUGUCCCAGGACAUUCUUCUGGAAUGUCAGAUUUGUUUCAAUUACUACAGCCCCCGGCGGAGGCCCAAAUUGCUGGACUGCAAGCAUACCUGCUGCUCUGUUUGCCUUCAGCAGAUGAGGACCAGCCAGAAAGACUUGCGGUGCCCGUGGUGCCGAGGCAUCACUAAACUGCCGCCGGGCUUUUCCGUCUCCCAGCUGCCCGACGACCCAGAGGUCAUUGCCGUGAUUGCGAUACCCCACACUUCAGAGCACACUCCCGUCUUCAUCAAACUUCCCAGCAAUGGCUGCUACAUGUUGCCCUUGCCCAUCUCCAAGGAGAGGUCCCUCUUGCCAGGAGACAUUGGCUGCCGCCUGCUGCCAGGCAGCCAGCAGAAGUCUCUCACUGUGGUGACAAUCCCAGCCGAGCAGCAGCCCUUGCAGUCCGGCAUCCCUCAGGAGGGAGGCGACGAAGAUCAAGACAGGAGGGGCAUUGCGAAAAGCUCCACCUGGUCGGGGGUUUGCACCGUCAUCCUGGUGGCCUGCGUCCUGGUUUUCCUCCUUGGGAUUGUCCUACACAACAUGUCGUGCAUUUCCAAGCGUUUCACUGUGAUCUCCUGCGGCUGA